AGUUGUAGUCUUCUGCUUGUUUGUGACGCUGGCAGAAUGGGGGGAGGGGGGAAAGGGAGUAAACUAUCGCCACGUGACGCUCGGAGUCAGGUGGUUGGCCCAGCCUCCGCGCAGGAGCUGUGAUUGGCCGACUCUAAUACGACCGACGCCACUAGGGGCGGGCCGAAGAGGGGCGCAAGCGCACUGCGUUGCGAGUCUCGGGACCCCUCUCGGAGAGACUAUGGCGCUCAACAAGAAUCACUCAGAGGGCGGCGGAGUGAUCGUCAACAACACCGAAAGCAUUCUGAUGUCCUACGAUCAUGUGGAACUUACAUUCAAUGACAUGAAGAAUGUGCCAGAGGCCUUCAAAGGGACCAAGAAAGGCACCGUCUACCUUACCCCUUACCGGGUCAUCUUCCUGUCCAAGGGGAAGGAUGCCAUGCAGUCCUUCAUGAUGCCGUUCUAUCUGAUGAAGGACUGUGAGAUCAAGCAGCCCGUGUUUGGCGCAAACUACAUCAAGGGAACGGUGAAGGCAGAAGCCGGAGGUGGCUGGGAGGGCUCUGCUUCCUACAAGUUGACCUUCACAGCAGGGGGCGCCAUUGAGUUUGGACAGCGCAUGCUCCAGGUGGCAUCUCAAGCCUCCAGAGGCGAAGCCCCCAGUGGAGCCUAUGGGUACCCUUACAUGCCCAGCGGGGCCUAUGUCUUCCCCCCGCCCGUCGCCAAUGGAAUGUACCCCUGCCCUCCUGGCUACCCCUACCCACCGCCCCCACCCGAGUUCUACCCAGGACCUCCCAUGAUGGAUGGCGCCGUGGGGUACGUGCAGCCCCCACCACCGCCUUAUCCUGGGCCCAUGGAACCUCCAGUCAGCGGCCCUGAUGUCCCUUCUACUCCUGCAGCCGAAGCCAAGGCCGCGGAAGCAGCUGCCAGCGCCUAUUACAACCCGGGCAACCCACACGACGUCUACAUGCCCACGAGCCAGCCUCCGCCACCUCCCUACUACCCUCCAGAGGAUAAGAAGACCCAGUAGACCCCUCCUGCCUUCCUGCCUCCCACCCUCAUGGCUUUCCUAUCCCUCCCCUUGGGGCAGUGUCUGGGGAGGUGAGGGCGGGC